AUGGACGCCCUCGUGGCUCAGUACAGCCGUCCGGCGGUGGAGGAAAAGGACCCGUCUGAGCAAGAGGUCAUGGAUAUGAUGAAUCCCAAUCCCACGGACCAUCUUUCGAUGAAGUUUGCCAUGCCACCCGUUGCGAAUCCCGCCUCUUGGCUCCGUUCCGCCACGGACGACCGAUCCAACCCCGACUGCCCGAUCAAGAUUGCGCACGGCACGACGACGCUGGCCUUCCGGUUUCAGGGGGGCAUCAUCGUCGCGACGGACUCCCGAGCUACGGCGGGCGACUGGAUCGCUUCGCAGACGGUCAAGAAGGUCAUCGAGAUCAACAGCGUGCUCCUGGGCACCAUGGCCGGCGGCGCGGCCGACUGCCAGUUCUGGCUGUCGUGGCUGGGCAUGCAGUGCCGGCUGCACGAGCUCCGCCACAAGCGCCGCAUCAGCGUGGCCGCCGCCUCCAAGAUCCUGGCCAACCUCGUCUACUCGUACAAGGGCAUGGGGCUCAGCAUGGGCACCAUGUGCGCCGGCGUCACGGCCGAGGAGGGGCCCGCGCUGUACUACGUCGACAGCGACGGCACCAGGCUCGCCGGCAACCUGUUCUGCGUCGGGUCCGGCCAGACCUUCGCCUACGGCGUCCUCGACGCCGAGUACAGCUACGACCUCGACGCCGAAGCCGCCCUCGAGCUCGGCAGGAGGUCCAUCCUCGCCGCCACCCACCGCGACGCCUUCUCCGGUGGCUACAUCAACCUCUACCAUAUCGAGGAGAACGGCUGGACCCGCCACGGCUUCUCCGACACGAACCCAAUCUUCUGGAAGACUAAGCUCGACAAGGGCGAGUUUACAAACGUCACUAGCGAGCUGGAAUAG